GCGUGAGUAUGGCUGCUACGAUGAGGUUUUUUUCUCGAACUACAACCUUAACAAGCGUCAGUGUAAUUGGAUAAGGUUUCUUCAUAUCGUUCAAUCAUAUGAUGAACAAGUUAAUCUGAUUGGUACAAAAGUAAAAGGUGAACCUAUAUUUGAAGUAAUAAAAGAUGUUCAACCGGAUACAGAAUUGGUUGCUUGGUUCUUGCCAAUAUCGCAACAGGAUUUCGUUAUUAUUUCGCACGAUGUAUGUUCCAGAUCGGCAAUCUAUAGAUGUAUGAUUGAUUCUAUAUUAGACGGUGAGUGUAAACACUUUUAUAGAUAUUAGUAAUUGACAACAUUAUUGCAAAAAUUUGUUUUCAAUGUACGCGAAUGACUUAAAAAGUUGUAAUAUUGCGUGAAUAUUUGAAAAUGAUUCUUGUACUUUAUAUGUCAUGCAUAUGUGUGCAGGUUUCUUCUCUCUCUGUUGUGCGCAUAUGUAUACAUGCUGUUGUGCGUGUACGUGCGUGCGUGCGCAUAUGCAUGCAUUUGUAUGUGUAAAAAUGAACGUAAAAGCAAACAAACUUGUAUCUAUGUAAACAUCUU